UGAUUAUAGAUGCAGAUUUAAUUUAUGACACAUACAGUACCUACAGGAGAGGUAUAAGACAGGGCGAAUCACUCUCUCCGUAUCCGUCAAUACAACUGCACGAUACUAAACACGGACUUGUGGAUGUACAUUGAAUAAGAAUGGUCCCUUACCAUCAGCUGAUCUUGCUUGUGGUGUUGUGUUCAGAUAUCCAUGCCCAGUUUGGUCCUCCUAUGCCUCUUGGCAUGCCUGGGGGCGUGCGUGGCCCGGCAGCACUGGGAAUGGGGGGAAGGAUGCCAGGAAUGGACCCCAGGAUGGGUAGAAUGUCGAUGGGGAUGGACCCCAGGUUUCCUGGAUCCAUGGACAAUGCUAGGCUUCGGGGCAGGCCAGCUGGAUCUGAUCUUAGAUUCGGUGCAACACAAACUGGGUUUAAUCAGGGGCUUAAUGCGCGGCAACCUGGGAUUUCUUCAAGCAUGCCGGGACAGAUGGGCAUGGAUCCAAGGAUGGGUUCAGGACGGAUGGGCAUGGACCCCAGAAUGGCUUCAGGGCGGAUGGGCAUGGACCCCAGAAUGGCUUCAGGGCGGAUGGGCAUGGGCUCAGGAAUGGGUUCAUCCCAGAUGGUCAUGGGACCAGGAAUGGCUUCCUCACAGAUGGGCGUGGACCCCAGAAUGGCUUCAGGGCGGUUGGGGAUGGGCCUCGGGAUGGGAUCAUCGCAGAUGGGCAUGGGCCCCGGAAUGGCAUCAUCACAGAUGGGCAUGGGCCCCGGAAUGGCAUCAUCACAGAUGGGCAUGGGCCCCGGAAUGGCAUCAUCACAGAUGGGCAUGGGCCCCGGAAUGGCUCCAGGGCGGAUGGGCAUGGACCCCAGAAUAGGCAUGGGUCAAAUUCAAAUGGAUCCUAGGCGACAAUUACAACUGGGUGUGGACCCAAGAAUGGGUCAAGGACAAGCUUCGAUGGAUCCAAGAGUAAGAGGCAUGAGAGGUCAGAUGGACAGUCUUGGUUUCCAGCCAACCUCAGGCAAUGCAGGCAUACAACAACAGACCUUUGACCUGAACAAUCAGCAACAGCGACAGCAAUUCAUCAACUCGGCCAAUGGAAACUCUCAAUCUGGAAUCAACAGUGGUUCAGGUCAAGCAUCAAUCAGCAACCAGAACCAGAUCGGGUUACAACAACCUCUCAAUAACCGCGCAGCAUUGCAGGAUCUGCGAUUUGGAGGAGCCCAACUCCCUGUGGGUCUUCAUCCAGCUCUCCAACGAGGUCUUCAUCCUGCUCUGCAGCAGGGUCUUCAUCCUGCUCUUCAACAGAGAAUCCACCCAGCGGUUCUGCAGGGGAUGCAUCCAGCGUUGCAACAGGCUCUUGGCUCCGGAAUAAACCCAUCCCUUCAGAGGGCUGGUCAACUGGGCCCUGGAUCUGGCUCAAUACGCCAAGGUCUUGCCAGUCAAGGAACUGUCUCUAGCUCUAAUACUUUAAGUUCCUCAAAUCAGGGGACUGGGAUUGCAAUGCAAUCCCAUUUUCCAGCACAGCACUCAAACACCGCAGGUAUUAACAACGUACAAGGCAACGGUGUUAGUUCCCUACACCAACAGGAACAACUCGUCAACGCCAUCCCCUCCAACACAUUUCCCGGUCGCCCGGGAUUAUCGCCUGCAGGAACAAUGGGACAGGUUGACCCGUUAGAAGCUCAACUUCGCAAUAUCCAUCCGGGUCAUCCAGCUCUACAUCCGGGUAACCUUCAUCCCAUGGCAGUUCCUCCGCACCUUCGUGAUCCACGUCGACGGAUUCCAAUUAUCUAAAAGACAUUCAACAGUGCUGAAGGUACAGUUGUGGGAAUACGCAGCUAGCAAAACGAAUGUUGCUGUGAAGUUGUUUCUGACAUGGAGAUGAAACAACCUAGUGAUUAAAGAUUUGUCUCAUCACGCAGAGGAGAUUUGUCAAUUCACGCACGAGUAUUCCUUCAGGAGCCUAUUCUUGGUGUGGUCUGGCUAAAUAUUUCUCAAAGUGGCGAAAAUCUAUACUCAUUCGCCUGAAAGACGGUGUCAUUCCUGCUUCUGGGUUUAAAUGUGUCAAGAUAUUUAGGAAUGAAAAACUUCAAACAUUUAUUGAUUACCCUUGAUUUAUCACCCGUCAUUAUGUUGAAACAGCGACGUUCAAAAUGAAACCUACAAGGUUUCAGGGAGGAACAAUAUUUAAUUUAUUUGAUGUUACACAUGUAUUUUCUGAAAUCCCAAGUUAAUACAUCCAACGCUAAUUUCACUAUAUACCAUUGAAUAAACAUAUUUAUAUUACUUA